AUGUAUAGAACAGAAAAGCUCUUUUGUUUUAGCUUGGAAAUCAGAAUCUUAGAAGCCAAAAACAUAGAAUUCAAAUCUCCGAAGACACUGUUCGUUAGAUACUAUAUUUCUGCAGGUAACAACAACAACAAGAGGAUUCGCCUCAGCACCAAAGAAAUCACUUCCAAAUCAAACUUCACUUGGAAGGAAUGCUUGUCACUGGAAUGUUGGGGUAAAGAUGAGGAUUCCCUUAAGCAAGCAACUGUGAUAUUGGAGCUGAGGAAGGCCAAGACACUGCCUUUUAUAGGCGCCACAUCAGUAAUUAUGGGUUCUCAACUGCUUGGAAGGGCAGAGAUCCCAAUAUGGAACGACCAACCUAAUUCUGAAAUUGAGAAAUGGGUGUGUUUGGUUUGUGAAGAAGGCCGGUUCUUGUUGAAGCAACCAAAAUUGAGAGUGGAGAUGAGAGUGAGAUCAGCACAUAAUGAAAUGGAGAUAGAAAAAAAGAGGAGAUUUGGGAAGUGGAAGAAGGAUAAUGAUCAAUACUGUGGGUGCAAUAAUUCUGGGAUGGGCCAUUGUGAAGAUCAUGAUGUCUUUGCAAUUGCAAUGGCUGCCUCCAUGGAAUUCUUGUAG